UACAAAGCAAAGUAAGCAAUCAAAUAGAAAAAGUGAUACAUCUCAUGGAACUGACUACUUGGGUAUUAUCACCUAAUACAAACCAAACUACAGCUGGCAACACUCCUACACCUGGGAAAUCACCGUAUUAUCCCCUGCAGGAGUAUACCCCAACAGGAGGAGUUCAAUCUAGCAAUCCAGCCUCGGGCUCUGGUUCUAACUCCAUGCAAUUUGGACCACCAUCUCAACAACCUACUCCACAAGCCAUGCAUCAUGUGGCUACCCCACUGAACUUCACUGAUAGUGAACAGAUGUUCUUGCACCAAUUUGAACAGAACUUGUAUGAAGAGGCUCAGCAGCAAGGCCACCACCUAUCAAAUGGCGAAUCUCCUAGAAACACCCCCGGUGCAUAUCCAGACAAUAUUCCACAAACACAUCACCAUCUGGGAAGCACACCGGGACAUUCUCAUCCUACUUCUAUACCUAUACCGCCACCGCAGUACGAGUUUGGCCUUGACCAAAUGACAUUUAUCAUCCCUGAUGAUAUGUCAUUUGACGAUAACCACCAUAGUAAUCAUAUUCCACACCAAGGUUCCUCUUCUGCAUACCCACCUCAACAACCACAACAGCCUACUCCUAGCAUGAUGCCAGCCAAUAAGCGCGAAAGCGAUAGCAUGUUCUCGCCAGUAUUGCCCGGUCAAAACGAAAGAUCAUACAAUAACCAACAUUACUUCCAUCGACAAAACUCCUCAAAUAAGAUAUUCACGCAAUCGUCACAACCACAGCAACAACAGCAUGUUAGACCAGAUGCCGUCUUUACACCAUUAGUGUCACCCGCCGGAACACCCUUGGAGAAACCAUACCGGGCCCCAGUUCAAGUAACGUUCGAACCAUUAACUUCUCCUGCACUUAAUGCCCAGCCUUCAUUCUCUACUACAAACUCAACUACUUCUACUGCGACGGCGGGCUCAUCUACCACAGCAACAUCUACCGGUACAACUGAUAAGAGAAAGUACGAAGAUUCAGGAAGUACCCUGACCUAUAAAAGAAGAACUCCCCAUGGUACUCCAAUACUUGCUGCUAACAACAAAUCGUCAUAUUCUCCACCAGCUUCAAAACCCCGUAAUGGUAUGUCUCUUCCUGAAUCGGCCAUCAAAGAAGAAACAAGCAUGUUGCCGCCUGUAGGUGGUAAACCCAUGCUCAAUACCAAUUCCUCAUCCAACAGUCUCAACAAUGGAUCUGCUCCUUUAAUGGGAUUCACUAUGGGAAGGCUAGCUGAAGAGCAAGGAAAGCCUCCGCAAACCACCCAACGUAGAACAAGUUCAAUGUCAAGAAAGAGUUCCACCAGUUCUCUGGACUCCGCUCUGUCUUCCAAGAAAGAGAAACCUGCUACCAAGAAAGCCAGUCAUAAGCUUGCUGAACAAGGAAGAAGAAAUAGAAUGAACAUGGCAGUCCAUGAAUUAGGCAGCUUGAUUCCUCAAUCCUACCAUGAUGAGGUUUCCAUUCCAUCCAAGGCUACUACGGUUGAGUUGGCUUCCAAAUACAUAACGGCGUUGUUGAAGGAGCUCGAAGAGUUGAAGCAGAAUAAAUAGGGUUUGUGUAAAUUAAACUUGCUUCUCCCCCACGUGUGUGGUAAUUGCACAUAAUAUAUUAUUAGUCAUAAUUGUAUAGAGCAUCAAAGGUUUAUAUAGUUCAUUUCAUUUCUACAUUCCUCUUUAAAAAUUAAUUAUAGAUAUGUGAUUA